AAGCGGAAACUACGCGCGAUGUCAAUUAUUGCAAGUGCAGAGAGCAUCGCAGGCGUAGUUCGCGCAGCAGCAGCUUAUUAUUAUUGUGAUGAUUAUCAUAUACCCAACACUGAUAAGCUAUAUGCAGUGCCUAUGGUGACUACGGGCAGUCGCUGUCGGACUUGCCAGGGGAAAAGAGAGAGAAGCCUCUUUCCUUGCAGUGCAGUUCGCGGGUGCACUGAACCGAUCGCGUAUACUUUGCAACUGUGUGCGCGGUGUAAAAGUGCAGUGUAAAUGUAAACAUGGACGGCGUCGUCGUGGGAAUGUCGUCGUCGUCGUCAUCUUCUUCAACGAUGACGACGACGGUGGUCUGCAGAACGUCCGCGCCCGGGGAGACGACGUCCUCGUCGUCGUCGUCGUUGGACGCUCAGCUGGCUGCGGUCGCGAACUCCACGGACGGAGUUUGUCGCGUCUGCUUGGCCGACCUCGUCGAGCAACCGGCCGUUCACCAGAUCUUUCACGCCCUGGCUUACGAGAACCAGUCGUUGGCCGACAAAGCUAUGAGCUUAGCCAACGUCAAGAUGCUACCCGGCGAUGGCCUGCCCGCUCAGAUCUGCAUGGACUGCAGCAACAAGCUCGAUAUGGCUUACAAGUUCAAGAUUCAAGUGCAGCAAGCCGACGCCGUUUUGAGGGAACGAUUUUUAAAGGCCGACCUUUUCUUUGAGAACGUCAACAUGACACAUGCAACUGCUGAUCACGUAAUGACCCCUGCAAAUAUGUUCAUGAACCAAGAGACCGACCACAUGGACAACCACAUUAUCCACAACGAUUGCAAUGGCAAAAGCAGCGUAUUGCAUAAACAUACGAGUGUAGCUUAUCAAGAUGAUCAGCAGCACAUUCAAAGCAAGAAUAUCGACAUUCAGCAUCAGCAGCAGGAUCAUAAAAUUAUGCAAAUUGCGGUUUCUAACGAUAAUCACUCUUUUGAGACACAAGAGUUACAGGAUUUUAUGUUCAGUGAAAUGAACGAGCAAACAAGACUGGCUAUACACGAACAUGAUUAUGUUAUGGAGUCACAAGUUUGUGAUUUUCAACACAAGGAUUCAGACUUUAACUCACAGGUUGAGAUCAAGUUGGAACAAAAUGAAUUGUUGAACGAGACAACUGAUAAUCAAAUGGGGAUUGAUGCAAAAAUGACAGAAACUGUAUCAGAUCAAAUGUGUCAAAAUGACAGACUUAUUCAAUCUGAAGGAAAAGAAGGUUGCUUGCAAUCCAAUGAAGAAGAUUAUUAUGAAGACUUGAACCUCAGUUUACGAUUAAAAAAGUUGCAAGUGAAAAUAUCUGAUAACAUAUUUUUCAUGUGUUAUGUGUGCGAUAAACAUUUCAAAUCAAAAGAGUUACUUAAAGAACAUAUGAGUUCUCAUGAAGAAUUAAGAAAAACAUUUGAUGUAGCAAGUAAAGUUCAAGAAAUCAAUGAUCAAAACAAACCUCCUUCAAAUGGCAAAUGUCAAAAUAAAUGUCCACAUUGUGGAAAAGAAUAUUUGUACAUAAUAUCUUUUAAAAAACAUUUGAAGCAACACGAAGAGGAAGGAAAAUUUUCAGGAGCUUCAUUUGAAGAGGAUGAUGGUAUCUUGAAUUUUUCCGAGUAUCAUCAAAGUAUCAAUACAGAUUUUGAUAGCGAUACUAAUGAUAAUGAUCAGACUUUGACAAAAACACAUGGCAAAAUAGAAUGUGAGAUUUGUGGAGAUGAGCAAGAUUCAAUUGAAAGCUUAAAUGAGCACAAAUCCAAACAUGUUUUGGAAGGAUUAAUUCCAAAAGAAGAAACUAACAACGGUAUUGAGUACAUACUGCCUGAAAAUUCUGAUGAUCAAAAGUAUUUGACAGAAAAAGAUUUCUCUGCUUCAGAAAAUUGUAAUAUAAAAUGUCCCCAUUGUCCUCAAUUCUUCACACAACAGAAAUUACUGACUAAGCAUUUGGAGUCUCAUCGGUACAGCUGUAAAAUAUGUUCUCAAACCUUCUCCAGAAAAGAUACUUUGAACAAACAUCUGCAAGAACAGCACAACAUGAAAGGUUUUGGUUGUAACGAAUGUGGCAAGAUAUUUGGUAAUGAAUUAGCUCUGCGAAAUCAUUUGAUAGCCACUAAUCAUAAAACUACUGUACACGGUAAGGAGUACGAUCCGAAUAAAAGAUUAACGCGGGUUGCAGCCAAAGCCGCUCAGAAAAUUAUCAAUAAACUGACUGACGAUUUAAACCAAAAAGGUGAUGAAGAAGGAGAUGAAGAAGAAGAAGAAGAACAGGAAGAAAAGCCCAUGCAAAAUUCCAUUAAAAUAGAGGGAUCGCCUCCUAAAAAAAUUCAUCUGACUUCGAAAGUUUAUACAUGUGAUGUAUGCAAUGAUAAAUUUCCAUCAAAACAGAGUCUCGCCAAACACGCCAGUUUUCAUUCUAAGAAUGAUAAAGAAAUCGAAACGCAAGCUUCUGCAGAGCAAGAACAUUUGGAGCAACAAGAAAUUAACAAUGUGCCGAAAAGCAGAGAAAAUCUAGAUGAUGACGACGACGACGAUAACUUCACUGGCGGUGAUUGGCCGGUCGACUUACACGAAUGUCCAACAUGUAAAAAGCGCUACAGUACUAAAAAGUCAUUACUGCGACAUCAAUUACUGCACGACGAGCCAAACUUUGAAUGCGACAUUUGUAAUGUCAAGUUCUUUAGAAAGGACAAACUCAAAGCUCACUAUGACAAAUGUUCAGAAAAGAAUCCAGAUCAAGUGAGAAAAUGCAAUCUUUGUGGAGAUACUUUUGAAAGUAACGAAGCUUUAAAAAAACAUAGAGUAAAACACGUUGUUGAGGGUAUAUUGACCGAAGAAGAUUUGAGAGAUAUUGAAAACCGAACUGAAGAUAAAAAAAUUGAAAAAAUGCCAAGAAAAAGAAGAACAGAUAUUAUUGGAUUAAAGUGUCAUUUAUGUAAUAAAGAAUAUACUUCCCGCAAAGGUUUAUUACGUCAUUUGCAGGUCCAUGAGGGUAAAAAGUAUCUUUGUGACAUGUGUCCUCAAAAAUUCUCUCGUCGUGAGGACUUGAAACUACACGUAGCUAAACACAAUAUGAUCAAGCCGUACAAGUGUCCACGCUGUCCCAAGCGCUUUAUUAAAGAAGAGCAGUUGAACAAUCAUAUAACCAGACACGAUCGGCCCGCCAAAAAACCAAAAGAUGCAGGUUAUCCCAAGAGAUAUCUCUGCGAAGUUUGUUCGAAAAGUUUUACUCAAUACACUACUCUUGUCGCCCAUUUGCGAGCGCACAAUGGCAUCAAACCCUACGUUUGUCAAGUGUGUACGAGACCCUUCACUACGAAUGCGUAUCUCAAAAUGCAUAUGCGCACCCACACGCAAGAGCGACCCUACAUUUGUCAAUAUUGUUCUCGAGCCUUUGCCAGGGCUGAUACGCUGGCGAAUCACUUGACUUCUCAUACUGGAGAAGCUAAAUACCAUUGCAAUGAGUGUCCAAAACACUUUAGAAGAUUGAAGUCAUUGAAGGAGCACAUAUUUAUUCAUACUGGUCAAAGACCCUAUGCGUGUCCCACUUGCGACCGAACGUUCAACAAUAAUGGGAGCAGGUACGCUCAUAGCAAAAGAUGCAAGCAGAACCUGUUGCAAGCGUCAUCGAGCAGGCUCAUGAUUCAAUCGCAGCAACAAUCUGAACAGCAUCCAGUUCAGGAACAAGAACAGCAUCUCGAUCAGCUGCAGCAUUUACAGCAGUCAGAGCAACAGCACAUUAUCAUUGGUACAGCUUUGGAGGAGCAGACUCAGCAGAUAAUAAUUGAACAUGAUCAAGAGCAAAGACUUCAAAUAAUUAAACCGCAGAAUAUUAUAACAAUAACUAAACCUGAUGGUACUAUGAGUCAACAACACUUGGUUUCUCAGGAAGUACUUAUGCCUUUGCUACUGCCACUUUCUGUAACUUUGACUGAAGUUGACGAGGAUGCCAUUCUACCAGAAGGUUCUAAAAUUUUUACAACUUGAAGGGGUCAAAAUUUCUGUGAUUUUAAAUAAUUUAACUGC